AUUGGACGGCAAAUUUUAGGUUGAAGAAAUUUUCUCUUCAGGUAGGAAUGGAAAUUUUUUACGAAUUUAGAAUGAGAGAAAGUUCUGAAUAAAAACUUAAUGCCACCAUUGAAAGUGGUCUCUUUCAUUAUUCCUUUUUUCCGCAGCUUUUGUCCAAAAAACCUCUCCAAAAACAACGAAUUUACGCCUUCUUCCCCAACGCGUUUGGUCAAAUGUUUGUAACGUCGCCCAAUUCUUCAACCUUCUUUUGGUGGAUCUGGUCAGAAUCGGAGACCCAUUGGAGGCCUUUCCACUCCGCCUACUUUUGAUUUUCAAUUUUGGGUUUUAUCGCUAUCUUUUGGUAAAAAAUGGGAUUCUCUUAGCUGCUUCCAUUAUCCGUUUCUGUUUCUUUAAGGGCUUUUCUUCUUACCCUUUUACCAGUUUCUUUCUGGGAAUUUUUUUCAUGAUUGGAAUUGAUCAUCCUCCAGCCUCCAGCUCUGUUUUGUGAUUUUUAUCAGAUUCUCUCUCUCUUUUUUUUUUUUUUUUUUUGGUCUAGUUCUUGUCUUUUGACGUUGUGGGAUUUCGAGGGUUUCGUGUUAUUUGAAAGUUUGAGUUGUAUUGGUGGCGAAUUUGUUGAAGGUUUGAAUUUUGUUUUGAUGGGUUUGAGGAAAGAUGGAACCGUGAGGAUAUUAUGAUUUUAUAAUGACAUUUCGACAACUUAUGGGUGUUGCAAAAAGGAGAUGUUUGGUUGUUCUGGUGAUUCUCAUCUGUGCUUCUUUAGCGACUUGCUUGAAGAACCACGAGGAAGAGGAACUAAUUCUGAGUCAACUAGCUGACCCAAUUAGUGGGGAUGUCAACACAGAGAUGGCUGAGCUGUUACUGGUUAAGUGCAACUUGGAUUUGUUUCAGUUAAGGGAAGCUGCCGAUGGUAUUGACCUCUGUUUCGAAGAAACACCCAGAAGUACAAACGGAAUUAACUUUGAAUGUCGGAUGCUGACAAAAGAGAAAACAAACAGAAUGCUAAGGGCCAUGCAUCCCCAGAUGAAGCAGACUCUUUUAGAUUGUUUAAGGAAAAAAAUUCAUGUCUCUGGAAAAGACUACAGCUCUGAAACUUGGUACACCAGGUAUUUGGAGUCGGUGUUUUUAAUUCCUGGUAGUCUUAGAAGGAAGUUAAGUUCUAGAUUGCUUCGAAAUGCUAAAGAAGGCAGUGCUCCCGCACCUGAAUCUUCAGCUGAUGAAAAACCUUCAAGAAAAGCUUCUAGCACAAGUGGUCAGAAAGAAAAGAAAUCUAAUAAUAAUCAAACAGUCAUCAUCGCUGUUGUUGUAACAGCAACGGUGACUUUUAUUAUUGUAGCUCUGCUAUUUUUGUGCUAUAACAAGAGUGGCUCCAGAGUGAAGCAAAAUGAUGAAAAUCAUGAAAGGCCUCUCCUAAGCUUGAGUUUAAAUCAUGAACUUUCAGGUUCUUCCCCCAAAUAUUCUGCUUUUGGGGAUUCUCUGAAGGAUGACAAGCUCAUGAAUCAAUCGUCUAGCUUAAGUCACCACCAGAGAGCUCCAUCUUUGGAUGGUAGCCUGCACAUUGUCUCUGACGGUGGGCGUACUUCAAUGCAGGGACCUCCAUCUUUUGGAGCUGCUGGAAUUGCCAAUAGUUCAUCUUUUGGAUCAACGAAUAUGGCUGGCAGUAGUAAUGGUUUGGUGCCACCUCCUCCAGGAGCAGUGCCAGUCACCUCAGAAAUUUUACCUCCUCUGAAGCCUCCUCCUGGCAGGGCUGUUCCCCUGCCUCCUGAACGCCCUUCGUCUUUUAAGCCCCCAUCCAGCAUGGCUAGUCCUCCUCCUCCACCACCACCUCCUGCACCACCACCACCAAGACCACCGGGAAAUUCAGUUCGCCCUCCAGGACCUCCUCCACCUCCACCACCUAUACCAGGCAAGGCAGGCCCUCGCCCACCACCACCUCCCAGAAGUGGUAUUGCUCCUCCUCGGCCACCUCCAUUAGCACACAAAGGUGCAAAUCCACCUCGACCUCCCAAGCCUUUUGGUUUAGGUGAUGAUGAAAUGGACGAAUCAGGUGUUCCCAAAGCCAAACUAAAACCAUUUUUCUGGGACAAAGUUCUUGCAAACCCCGACCAUUCCAUGGUCUGGCAUCAGAUAAAAGCAGGGUCUUUCCAAUUCAACGAGGAGAUGAUAGAAACUCUUUUUGGAUAUACGCCUGUAGAUAAAACCAAAACUGAGGGUAAGAAGGAGUCAUCAUCACAAGAUCCUGCACAUCAGUACAUUCAGAUUAUUGAUUCAAAGAAAGCGCAAAAUCUGUCCAUUCUUCUGCGAGCGCUAAAUGUGACAAAAGAAGAAGUCUGUGAUGCGCUUCAUGAAGGAACUGAACUUCCUUCCGAACUUCUAGAGAACUUGCUGCGGAUGGCACCAACUCCAGAAGAAGAACUCAAACUUAGACUUUUUAGCGGGGAACUUUCUCAACUUGGAAAUGCUGAGCGUUUUCUUAAAUGUUUGGUUGAUAUCCCAUUUGCUUUCAAAAGGUUGGAAUCGCUGCUUUUCAUUGGCACUCUUCAGGAGGACAUCACCAUCACUAAAGACUCCUUCGUUAACUUGGAGGUUGCUUGUAAGGAACUUCGGAGCAGCAGGUUGUUCCUCAAACUUCUAGAAGCUGUUCUUAAGACGGGCAAUCGAAUGAACGAUGGAACUUUUCGUGGUGGUGCACAAGCAUUCAAAUUGGACACUCUUUUAAAAUUGUCGGAUGUGAAAGGAAAAGAUGGCAAGACUACAUUAUUGCACUUUGUAGUUCAGGAGAUAAUUCGCACAGAAGGGAUAAGAGCUGCUCGGAAUGGCACAGGAAGUCAGAGCUUCUCAAGCACCUCAUCAAAGGAUUUGCUGGAUGAUACUACUGACACCGAAGAGCAUUACCGUGCCUUGGGUCUUCAGGUUGUCUCAGGGUUGAGUGGUGAACUUCAGAAUGUGAAGAAAGCAGCAACGAUAGAUGCUGAUGCCUUGACUGGAACUGUUUCGAAACUUGGGCAUGGACUCUUAAAGACAAGAGACUUUCUGAAUAAAGACCUGCGGGGUCUAGCUGAAGAGAGUCAAUUUCACGAAACACUGAAAGUCUUUGUGCAGAAUGCGGAGGCUGAUAUCAUGGCCCUCCUGGAAGAAGAAAAAAGAAUCAUGGAAUUGGUGAAAAGCACAGGCGACUACUUCCAUGGAAAUGCAGGAAAAGACGAGGGCUUACGAUUGUUUGUAAUUGUGAGAGAUUUCUUGAUAAUGAUAGAUAAGACAUGCCGAGAAAUAAAGGAGGCACAGAAAAAGCAGGCAAAGGGACACAGAAAGGCAGUGUCAUCUUCUGAUAUCCACCCGCCUUCGUCUUCGUUGUCUACUGAUAUCAAUCACCACCCUCCGUCGUCUACCAAUAUCAAUCAACCCCCGUCAUCUACCGAUAUCAGUCAACCCCUAUCAACUACAGUUUCUGAUCUACGACACCCUCCUUCUCCUGAUUUGAAUCAGCUGAUUUUUCCUGCAAUCACUGAUCGUCGGAUUUGUAACUCAAGUUCAGAUGAUGAGGAGAGUCCGUAGGUAAUCAGUUGUUGAAAAUAUGUCCAACCAUCUGCAUUAUUAGGUUCCAUUUUGGUCAUAGGCAAGUUCUUUAGCAUAUGAAGAAGCUCCAUGAAUUGCCAAUGUGACCAGAAUACACUUAGACUUUGACUUUGAUUUUCUUUCAUCUUUCUUAAUUCUUUUGUAAAAAAAAUCUUAGUUUUGACAUUUUUGGCAGUUGGAGCAUUCAACAUAGUUUGUAGAUGUAGAUUGUGUUUACCAAGAGUAUCAGUUAAAUAUGUCAUCUUUUUUCA